UCCGCAGCUCUUCAGUCCGCCGAUAAACCCACUAAAGAAAGCAAGCGCUCGUGUGUGAUGUGUUUAUGUUUUUUAGUGUUGAGGUUUUGAUGGUGAGAGACGAAAUGGAUUUGAUGAUGUGCUGUAAAUCAGUAGGAACUGAUCUGUCCAUGCUGGAUAUUGAUGAUUUCAUCACAGAAAUCUCUCAGCUGAAGAAAGAGGUGGCGUUACUCGAGGCAAAGCUGAGUUUAAGAGGAGAUGAAGGACUGAAGAGAGAGGAUGUGGAUUGUUGUGAACUAACACAGGACUCGGGAUCUCAGUCUGACUUUACUCUGUUAUACGCUCAGGACACUACAGUGUGUGACAGUAAUCAGAGCUUACAGGAGGAUCAAACCUCCACAGAGUCUCUGGAUUCAGUCUGUAACGCUGGAGAACAGCAGCAGAUCCUGCAGACCACAAUGAAGAUGUGUUCAGUUAAACUGAUGGACUGCCAGAACCUAAUGAUUAAGAUAGAAACAGAACCGACAGAAGAUGAAUAUGAAGACUAUCAUAAUGAUUGGCAUCGUGAUUUUAUUCCUUCAGAUGUGAAGAUUGAGUCAUGUUGUGAUGGAGAAACGUCCUCAACGUCGAAAGAGCGACUGACAGCACAAACUCUUCACACAUUCAGUUCACAGAGACAAUUAGAGAAAAAACACACAGAACAGAAACUCUUCACCUGCAGGAAAUGUAAGAUCAGCUUUACUACCUUACAAGAGAAGAAACUUCAUUCAGAAGAGCACAACGAGAAGACGACGACGUUUGAGUGUGGGCAUUGUGGGAAGAUUUUUGCCGCCUUUUGUUACAUGAAACGCCACAUGAGAACACACACUGGUGAAAAACCUUUCCAGUGCACUGAAUGUGGCAAAUGCUUCGGCGCCAAACACAAUCUUCAUGUUCAUAAAAGAAUUCACACAGGAGAAAAACCGUACGAGUGUCCUCACUGUGACAAGAGAUUCAGCCAAAAAAGCAAUCUGAAAAAACACGUGUAUUUUCACACCAAUGAGAGACCGCAUCAGUGCAGAGAGAAACCUGUAAUCUGUUCUUAUUGUGGGAAGAUAUUCACUCAUCCAUCUAAUCUCAAAGCUCACCAGAGAAUUCAUACAGGUGAAAAACCUUACAAAUGCUCUUACUGUGAUAGGGCGUUUACUCAGUCAAGUAACUUAAAAACCCAUCAGAGAGUUCAUACAGGAUUAAAACCUUAGCACAUAUGUGUAGAAAAAAUUAUUUAAUAAACAUAUUUUUGUAUUAAGAGAGACUAUUAAUUUAAUAAGUCAACAGCACUGAAGAAACAUAUUGUAAGUAUAUUCAUUUAAAACAAAUAAAACUCUGUCUGACGGUGGUGACAUUAAUCUGA